AUGGACCCGCUGAUAAAUGCGUCGCGACCACAGAAGACCAUCGCCGACCCCGCGGAAAAUGAUUAUGCACGAAGCAGCCCUCCAUCCAGCUCAAUUCAAAACACCUUUCCACUUCUUCCAGAUUCCAUAAUAAGUACAACCGCCGCCGCGGAUAUUUUCGAGGAAAAUGCUUUCUCUAGCCCAAAAAUAGAGACCUUAAGUUUAUCAGAUAGAGGCAUAGACUUACCCUCUACCUCUCCAGUGACGAGCGUGGAAGCAAACCAGAAGGCAAGAAACUCUAUUCUAGAGGACAAAAUAGGCACAUUGCCGCUUCAAGAUGAUGUUCCCGAGGGUCCAACCAUGACAGUGAGGUCUGUUGUAUCUGGUGUGAUUUUAGCCGCUUUUGCGGUUUCAGUUACACAGCUUUUCAUGUUCAAGCCGGUUCACAUGACAAUUAAAAUGAUGUUCCUUCAAAUAGCGUCAGUGAUCCUUGGCAGAGGGUUCGCAUUGAUUCCCGGCCCUGAAUGGUGGAAUCCGGGCCCUUACACUUUGAAAGAGACAGCAUUCUCCGCCUUAAUAGGAAACACGGCGGGUAUUGGUGCGCUGGCGGCCGAGAUGAUCGUAGUGUACGACUUGUACUUUGAUCAGGAGAUGAAUUUCGGCGUUGCCUUUGGGAUUUUGAUCAGCUCGCAGCUAAUCGGGUUCGGAUGGGCGGGCUUACUAAUGCCUAUCUUGGUUUACCCCAAGCGUACUGUAUUUCCUGACACACUUCCAAGCGUCUCUCUUUUGAAUUCUCUGUUCAGCGUGGGAGAUAGAUCCGACGACCAGGUGAAAUUUUUCAAGAAGGCUUUCCUAGCGGUUGGGAUUUAUUGGACCAUGAUCGGUGGUCUUGGACCACUAUAUAUGCCUCUCAAUACGCAGGUAGGUGUCAAGAUUCUGAACUCACUAGAGCUUGGAUACGGCGGGCCAAACCAAGUUAACGAGCAUCCUUCUUCGUUUCAGAUCCAUCAACUAUUUGCUUGGGUGAUCUCAACUCUGGCUUUCUUUCUUGUUUAUUCCAAGUCCUGGUUUGGGGGUGGCUUCAAUCAAAAAUUUCCAUUCUUGUCUGCCAGUUUAUUCACUGCAGACGGUAAGCCAUAUCCGUAUCGACAUGCUGUCAACCCAGAUGGUACAGCCAACGUGGAGUUCAUAGAAAAAACGGGACUUCCAUUUUUCACCGGAACAUAUUACCUAGUUCAGGUUCUCCUUUCACUAGCUUUGACAAGUUCCGUUUCCCAUGCGGUGCUUCAAAAUUAUCGAUUAAUUGGUUCACUUUUUAAGAAAUCAAAGAGUUCGGAGGAGAUUGACCUGAUUGACCCGCAUCGGAUAGCAUGUCUGAAGUACAAGGAUUUCCCAUUGUGGGGAUUCGCUGUGAUUUCAAUUGUAGCCGUUGGCUUGGCCUUCGGCAUGUCCGCUGUCGGUAACUCGGGAAUUUCUAUCCCUGCCUUGAUUAUCGCUUUGAUAAGCUCUUUCCUUCUAACACUUGGAACGGGGUUCAUCUUUGCAAUCACCGGUUUCUUGGUUCGGUUAUCUACCGGUGUCCAAACGCUUGGCGGCCUUUUAUUCCCGGGAAACGCCUUUGGCAGCAUGUGGUUUACAAUCUACGGUGCAACAAGUGCUCUCCAAGGCUUAAAUAUGCUGAGAAACAUGAAAUAUGGUCAAUACGUGCAGCUGCCACAAAAGCUCGUGGUUUAUUCUCAAUUGAUAGGGUGCACCGUCGGAAGCUUAUUUACUCUAGUAGUCAUGAAAGCCAUCCUCAAAAAUCAGCGUGAGGUCUUGCUUUCGCCUCAUGGAAAUGGGGUCUUCUCAGGUGCCGAAAUUGCGGCGUUCCACGCUCGUGCAGUUAGUUGGGGAAUGUUGAUUGGGUUCUUCCUUCCCAUUCCGUUUUUUGUUGCCCACAAAUUUUGGCCACGAUUUAAAUUCAAUCUGUCAGUUGACGUUAUGCAUCUUGUUCAAGUGGCCUACGCAGGAGAGCCUGUGCGGAUUGCCAUCGGGCUAGCCUCACAAUUGUGGGCCCGGAGAUACCGAGCCCAAUGGUUCAAUAAAUACAAUUACAUUUUGUCUGCCGCUCUCGACGGUGGAACAGAGUUAGUGGUAUUUAUCUUGGCCAUGGCCUUUCAAGGCGGUGGUGGCCCUCCAGUGAAAUUUCCUACGUACUUUCUCAAUCCACCCAUGUCCAUUCCCAGAGAUUAUUGCUAUGUGGAGUCUGUAGACGCUCAUGGGAGCGGUUGA